UGUGUUAUGUGAGUUGUGCUGAUACAGGAGCGACACAGCUAAGCUACUCAAGAUGCAGCAGAUGCAGUAGGGGAAUAGCUCUUCUCUUUAGCCAGCUAGCGUUACAAGAUAAACUGCGGCUGCAGUUGGCUUUAAGGCGCCCGAAAGUACCGGAAUUUCCUGCUGGUGGAUGAGGUGAGCGUGAUUAUGUCUCGCAGACUAACCAAAGAAGAGCUGGAUGCACAGUUUGAGCAGUUCUUAAAAGAGUCUGUUUCAGAUGACUCUGUGGAUUUAGGUGCUGCUGACAAGCAGCCACACUCUAAAAGCAACCAGAAACCAAGAGUGAGGCAAGAUGAGGCACUCAGUGGUGGAGGAUCAGCAGCAGCACGGUUGGAAUUUCAGAUUUCUUUAAGGAAGUCUGAGUCUAUUCAAGAGGAGGAUGAGGAGGCAGAAGGUAUUCACUCAAAGGAGGAAGACCUCGUCCUGAGAGACAACAAAGACACAGAGGGCUCGGCGACGGUGCCAGCUGUGUACAUGAGCGCGGUGGGUUUAGACACUCUGGAGGAGGAAGAGGAGAAGGCCAGGUUCUUUGCCCAGCUGGAGGCAGGAGCUUCAUCUACUAUAGACUACUCCAAGCUGAACAGGGAGCUGGACUCAACACGUUCUACCCCUGCAAACAACUACAGGAAUGUAGAAGAAGCAGAAGAACCAGUGGAGCGAGGGGGCGGUGAUGAUCACAGCAAGGCCAGAGGGACGAUCAGUCCAGCCUUCACAGGCUCCCCACACUACAGCGAGGAUUUUGAAGAUGACGAGGACGUGAAGGUUCCACUGGAGGAGACGUCAACGACGGCUUCAGUUCUUGCCAGAGGUCAGUCUUACGUGCAAAGUGGGGCCUCAGAGUUGGAGGCUCUUCAGGAGGCCUACAGGCAGGUCCAUGCUGUGGAGGAUUCAGAUGAUCAUGGUCAUCAUACCUCAUCUUUGGAAGUGAGAUGGAGCAUCAACAGACCUCUGUCUCCUUCCUCUCCUCCUCAACGUGCCCAACAGUCUCUGCAGCCUGUUUCUACCAGUGAGUCAGAGCUGCCCACUGCAGAAGAGCUGAUGAGGCUCCUCCGACCAGAGGCAGCUCAAAUUAGAGGCUUCACCCUCCAGCCUGUCAGUGUUGUGGAGCCCAACCAAGAAAAGACUUCCAGGGGACUGGAAAGGGCAUUCCCGGAUGAGGCACAGCACCCUGCAGCUGCAGCAAUAAAUGGGGCCGAGGAGUCGACAAGCCACCCAAUCAGUGCUGCUCACCCCCCCAACAAGGAUCUGAUUUGCAGCAUCAGAGCAGAAGUAGACAAGCUGAUGCAGGAUCAUACCAAAAGCUCUUCUCUCACAUCAUCUCACACUGGCAAAACUAAGAAACACCCGGCCUCCCGUGGCUCCCUUACUUCUCCUUCCUGUACCUCUUCAAUGAGACAAGCCACUCCAGCUCCUGUAAGAGGCAAGCGCCUGGAUGGGAGAACGGCGGUGACUUCAAGGUCAUCGGGGAUAAGUAGAGGUUCUGCUACACCAGCCAAAACCCGGUCUGCUGUUUCCUCACAGUGUCCACACAGAGCGAACCAUGAAGACUGCUGGGACUGCACAGAACCAGGAGUAACAGUGAGGAAUGAACUAGUGGCAUCUGUUCAGUCCUUAGUGGCUGUCCUCCAGCAGCAAAUAGAUGCUACCAAACACCAGGAUUCUGCACAGGAAGUCAGAGAAACCAGGCUGGAGCAACAUCUUCCACAGAUCCGUACUGGCCACGACAGCUCCGUGCUGGAGGAGCUGAGGACGCAGCUGGCACAGAAGGAGAGGGAGCUGCAGAUGAUGAAGGCAGGAGCAGAGGAGCUCAGCUCACUCAGACAGCAGAAUUACCUACUGCAAAGCAAGCUGAGAAGUGCAGAAGAAGCCAGUCAGAAGAAGAGGUGGGUGGAGGCUGCAGAUGUUGCUGCAGAUGAGAAGUUCCAGCAGAUUGAUAAAGAAAUAAAAGAGCAGGAGGCACUCAUAAAAGGUUACCAACAGGAGAAUGAGAAGCUGUAUUUACAGAUGAAGGCUCAGCAGGCCAAGACUAAAGCUAAUGAGGAGGCCAUGUUUAAAGAAAACCAGCGGCUGCUGAAUGAGCUGGCUGCCACCAGGGAGCAGCUGCAUAAAACUUCGAGGCCAGUGGGAAGUAUAUGCUUAACGGAUCAUACUCCACGCACUGCAGACUUGUUAGCGCAAAUAAACUCACUUCAGAGAAAUGAGGCCAAGAUGUCUGAGGACGUCCACAAGCUUAAGCAGGAAAAGCAGGCUCUGGAGGUGGACUUGCAGCUCAUUAAGAAAGAGAGAGACCUGGCUGAAGCCCGAGCCACCUCCACAUCGGGAAAUCAGACCUUUGAGAUGCGUGUAUUAGAGGACAGGCACCAGGAGGAAGUGACAGCCCUUAAGAAAAAACUGCAGUGGUUUGCUGAGAAGCAGGAGAUGCUGGACAGAGAUGCUGGCAGGCUGAAGGCUGCUACAGCUGAGAUACACCAGCUCAGAGAACAGGUAGAAAAACUGAAACAGGAAGUGGGCAAAAGAAACAGCUGGCAGAGAAAGGCGAGAGACAAAUUUGUGGACUCGAAGAGGAUGAAGGACUUGGAGCGACAGGUGAAGGAGCUGGAACAAAUACUCAGGAGCAGAAACCCAAAUUCGCUGCCUGCUUUGAUUUAUGCUGCAGCCACAUCUGCCAGCCACGAGGACGCUGGCAAAAUGUCCUCUUCCAGCCGGAUCACUGCUCUGCUGGAGCGAAGGAUCCAACGUCUGGAGGCCGAGCUGGAGAAUCACGAUGAGGAAGCCAAACGCAGCCUCCAGGUUAUGGAGCAGCAGUUUCACAGAGUCAAGCUCCGCUAUGAGCAGCAGAUCUGUGAGCUGGAGCAGCAGCUGCAGCGUAAGCAGCAGCUUGAAGCAGCAGCUGGGUCCCAGUCACCAGUAGUCCAGGCUCUGGAGGAAGAGCUGUACCGUGUGAAGCAGAGCCACAAACAGAAGGAGAAAUCUCUGCAUGAGCAGAUCGAGUCUCUCCAGCAGCAGCUUAAACAGAAGGCCCUGCUGAGUCCCGGCCGGCACCAGCGCCAAGCCGAGGCAGCAUUUGGUGUGCGGCUUGAGCGGCUGAAUCAAGAGCUCGCUAAAAAGACACGGACCAUUCAGGAACUGAAGAAGGAACGGAGGAACAUGCCGUCUGCCCCCAACACACGAGCAGAAAGACGAUCCACUGAGAGCAAACACCAACAACCAGGUCUCCUCACUGCAGGAGGAGAAACAUUCCCAGCUGCUCCGUGUGAGAAGACCUAUCAGCCCACCGUAUUCACAGGGAGUCAUAUCUCUGAGGUUCUGCAGGAGAACGAAGCUUUAAAAAAGCAGGUGGAGCUUGUGCUCCUGCAGAGCGAGCAGGAGAAGGAAGCUCUGAAGGCUGAUGCUGCACAGGCCAAGCAGCAGCUGUGCAGGCUGACAGAGGAGUUUGAAGAGCAGCUAUCCACUACGAAGGCAGAACACUUUAGAGUGUUGGACCACCUGCGGGCCACCCAUGCACUCGAACACUCAGACUCUAAGGUUGCAGAACUGACUAAUAAGCUGAGCACUCAAGAGAUAAUGAUGAAUCAUCUGGACAAGCAGCUGAAAGAAACGCAGGGGUGCAAAGAAGCACUGAAAAUAUCCAGGAGGAGAGAGGAUGCUCUGCAGACGCAGCUAACCAAACUGCUGCAGGAGCUGAAGGAAGCUAAAGAAGCUUCAAGCUCAGAGGUGAAACUCCUGUGCACCUUGGAGAGGAAGAUACUGAACAUGGAGCUCAGACACCAGCACAGAGAGAAGGAGCUGCAGCAGGUGCUUGGGGGGGCGUGGCAGACGCCAGGUGAUGAUUUGCAGUCUGAGCUGGAGCACUGGAGACGUCUGGCUCAGGACAAGAGCAGGGAGAUGGAUGCUUUCCGCCUUGAGCUCGACGCCAUCCUGGACAUCCUGAGACAUCUGCAACGACAGGGAGCGGUUCUGCCGACUCCUGAGCUCGCCAUUCCACAGAGGAGUUAAUACAACGUUUGAAAGCUGAGACUGUGAAUGCUGCACUGAUUCCAUGCCAGUGUGUCAGCAAUAGAAGCUUUUACUUGUUAUUUAAAUAACUAUUUUUAUAUUUUUCAUGUUAAUGGUUUAUUAGGAUCAGUAUUGCACCAAAGACCUGCAGAGACUGGCUUACCAUCCCUGCCUCCACAGAGGAAACAGUCGUGUAAAAUAAAGAAACCUCUCGAACAUCA